CCUUCAUAUAAUUCUUUCUCUCUUUCUUUCUUUUUCUUUCUCUUCUUUUGGGCUUCAUUUGAUCAAAAAUGGUGAAGUUCUCAAAGGAGCUUGAAGCUCAGCUAAUACCAGAAUGGAGAGAAGCUUUCGUCAACUACUGGCAUCUCAAGAAGCAAGUAAAGAAGAUCAAGCUUCUGAAAUCAGCUCCCAAAACACUCCCCGGCGCCGCCCAAGACGGAGACAAUCACACCCCAAACUUAUUCGGUCGCUCCAUUUUCGACCCGAUUCGAUUCCUUGCCAGUAAAUUAGUCUCCGCCAACUCUUUCUUUGAUUCAUCGUCUUCUGAUCAUGAUAAAACUGAAUUGAUUCAGGUUAAGCGUAAAUGCUUGGAUGGUGAAGAAGAUCAUGAGAUUUAUGAAACUGAGCUUGCUCAGUUAUUCUCUCAAGAAGAUGAGGUGAAGACUUUUUUCGAGAAAUUAGAUGAAGAGCUUAACAAAGUUAACCAAUUUUAUGUCACAAAAGAAGAUGAGUUUCUUGAGAGAGGAGAAAUUCUUAACAAACAGCUUCAGAUUUUGGUUGACCUCAAACUAAUUCUCAAAGACCGUCGCCGGAAAAAUUUGCCGCAGGCCAAGCUCGGCUCCGGCGGAAGUGCUCCUUGCUCGUGGUCAUCUUCUCCCCGGAGCUCCGAUUACACCGAGAGUGAAAACGACGAUCGAUCUAUGAACAAUGAGACAACAGUAAUAGAGAUAUCAGAAACAGCUGAGGCCAUAGCGACCCUAGAGAAGAAUGGUAUAAAUUUCACCAACUUAGGGACGAGAACGAAAACGAAGAAAGGGAAGCCUAAGAUGGCCAUGAGGAUCGACAUUCCAGUCACCACUCCCACUCGAACAAUCUCUGCCCUAACUUCCAUGCUCUGGGAAGAUCUGGUCAACAACCCUAAGAAGGAAGGCCAUGGCGAGUACAUCAAUAGGAAGAAGAUUCAGUGUGCUGAGAAGAUGAUUAGAGGAGCUUUUGUUGAGCUCUAUAGAGGCCUUGGUUUGCUCAAGACUUACAGCACGUUGAAUAUGGUUGCUUUUGUGAAAAUCCUCAAGAAAUUCGAUAAGGUAUCGAAUCAGCAAGCUUCCGCAAGUUAUCUUAAAGCCGUGAAGAGAUCACAUUUCAUCAGUUCUGAUAAGGUUGUUAGACUAAUGGACGAAGUGGAGUCCAUAUUCAUAAAGCACUUUGCUAACAAUGACAGAAAAAAGGCAAUGAAGUUCUUGAGGCCCCAUCAGCACAAAGAUUCUCACAUGGUCACUUUUUUUGUUGGGUUGUUGACAGGUUGUUUUGUAUCACUAUUCAGUGUGUACGCAAUGCUGGCACACAUAUCAGGAAUUUUCUCCCCCAGCAAAGGAACUGCUUAUAUGGAAACUGUCUACCCUGUUUUCAGUGUGUUUGCAUUGCUGAGUUUGCACCUGUUUAUGUAUGGAUGUAACCUGUUUAUGUGGAAGAACACAAGGAUCAACUACAACUUCAUAUUCGAAUUCUCGCCAAGUACUGCUCUUAAGUACAGGGAUGCUUUUCUCAUAUGCACAACCUUCAUGACUGCAGUUGUAGGAGCCAUGGUCCUACAUCUAAUCCUAAGGGCCAGUGGAUUUUCUCCGCGCCAAGUUGAUGCCAUUCCAGGGCUUCUGCUUAUGGUUUUCAUAGCAUUCCUGGUUUGCCCAUUUGACAUCUUCUAUCGUCCAACCCGGUACUGCUUCAUCCGCGUCAUUCGCAACAUAAUUUGCUCUCCAUUCUACAAGGUUUUGAUGGUUGACUUUUUCAUGGCUGACCAACUCACUAGCCAGAUUACAUUGCUGAGACACAUGGAGUCAACAGCCUGCUACUUUCUUGCUGGUAGUUUUAGAAAGCAUCAAUUUGAAACCUGCCACUCUGGAAGGCUCUUCAGUGAACUUGCUUAUGUUAUCUCAUUUUCGCCCUACUACUGGCGUGCCAUGCAGUGUGCAAGAAGAUGGUUUGACGAAUCUGACCCCACACAUUUGGCUAACAUGGGCAAGUAUGUGUCUGCAAUGGUGGCUGCUGGAGCUAGAAUAACUUACUCAAGGCAGCCUCACCAUGACCCCUUGUGGUUUUCAAUAGUGUUGGUCACUUCUGUGGUGGCUACAGUCUAUCAGCUGUACUGGGAUUUUGUCAAGGACUGGGGUCUUCUGGACCGAAAAUCCAAAAACGCAUGGCUUAGAGAUGAUUUGAUUCUCAAGAACAAAAGUGUCUACUAUGUUUCCAUGGGCCUGAAUAUUGUUCUAAGAGUAGCAUGGGUGGAAACAGUGAUGGGUUUCCGAAUUGGAGCUGUUGAGUCGAGAUUGGUAGAUUUUCUUCUGGCUUCAUUGGAAGUUAUUCGUCGUGGGCAUUGGAAUUUUUACAGGAUAGAGAAUGAGCACCUGAACAAUGUAGGAAAGUACAGGGCUGUGAAGACUGUUCCCUUGCCAUUCCGAGAGACUGAUUCUGAUGGCUGAGACUGUGUUUUGUUGUAUGCACUACUAAACAUACCCCGGCCGGGAGUCACAUAAUGGCUAAUAUUGGAGCAAAGCAAAGCCAGAAAAGGCAGAGAGUUGGAUCCACAUUUUGUUAUUUCUAUGGUGCGUGUGGCAAUCACUCCCACUCCCACCAUUACUGCAAUUGAUCUUAAAGUACGAACCUGUCUGUGCGGCGCGCGCCAAGUGCAGUGAAGCAACCAAGCGCCGCUCCAAUAUACCCAAUACCUCUCCCUCUUCUCUCUUCAUUUGUAAAUUUUGGCAUUUUUAACAUCAAUAAUUUGCUGGCUGCUAAUGCUAAUCAAUAUGUACUCUAUAUAUAUAUACACACUUCUAAACUAUUUUGCUCU